AUGGAUUUCAUUCUGCCGGCGCAGCCGUGAGGGGCGAGCGGGAAGCCGAGCCUUUUGUCAAGGAGCCGCCGCUCUGCGCUCGGGCGUUCCCGCGACCCCGGGAGCUCUGACAGCGCCGGGGUGCAGGAUGAGGAGAAGGCGCAGCUCUGCAGAUUAGCUGGCUGGAUUUAUCUCGCGCGUCCCAAACCGCACAGAAACAAAACCCAGCCCGACCAGAGAUGGACACGACGCCGUGCAGGAGUCUCCUCUUGGAUGUUUGAGGCUGUGUAGAUGUGACCAGCGUUCUGAGACCGGAGCAGGGGUGCAGACCAAGCGCUGAGAGAAGGGAACCUCGGGCCUUCCUCCUGGGUCCCGGGAGUAGAUUGCACACCUGCUGGGAAAAUGAGUGAAGAGACGGUCCCCGAUGCUGCCUCCCCGCCGCCCCCCCAGGGGCAGCAUUACUUUGACCGCUUCUCCCAGGAGGACCCUGAGUACUUGCGGCUUCGCAACCGCGCAGCCGACCUGCGGCAGGACUUCAACCUCAUGGAGCAGAAGAAGCGCGUCACCAUGAUCCUGCAGAGCCCGUCUUUCAGGGAGGAGCUGGAAGGCCUCAUCCAGGAGCAGAUGAAGAAGGGGAACAACUCCUCCAACAUCUGGGCGUUGCGGCAGAUUGCAGACUUCAUGGCCAGCACCUCUCAUGCAGUCUUCCCAACAAAUUCCAUGAACUUCUCCAUGAUGACGCCCAUCAAUGACCUCCACACGGCUGAUUCGCUGAACCUGGCCAAGGGGGAGCGGCUCAUGCGGUGCAAGAUCAGCAGCGUCUACCGACUCCUGGACCUCUAUGGCUGGGCCCAGCUCAGCGACACCUACGUCACGUUGAGAGUCAGCAAGGAGCAGGACCACUUCCUGAUUAGCCCUAAGGGAGUCUCCUGCAGUGAAGUCACGGCAUCCAGCCUGAUCAAGGUGAACAUCCUGGGAGAGGUGGUGGAGAAGGGCAGCAGCUGCUUCCCAGUGGACACCACGGGCUUCUGCCUGCACUCAGCCAUCUACGCAGCCAGGCCCGACGUGCGGUGCAUCAUCCACCUGCACACGCCGGCCACAGCCGCGGUGUCAGCCAUGAAGUGGGGCCUUUUGCCCGUCUCCCACAAUGCCCUGCUGGUAGGGGACAUGGCCUAUUACGACUUCAAUGGGGAAAUGGAGCAGGAAGCUGAUCGGAUCAACCUGCAGAAGUGCCUUGGACCCACCUGCAAGAUCCUGGUGCUAAGAAACCAUGGAGUGGUUGCUCUAGGCGACACCGUAGAGGAGGCGUUUUAUAAGGUCUUCCACCUGCAGGCUGCGUGUGAGAUACAGGUGUCGGCUCUGUCCAGCGCAGGGGGAGUGGAGAACCUCAUCCUCCUGGAGCAGGAGAAGCACCGGCCCCACGAGGUGGGCUCUGUGCAGUGGGCUGGGAGCACCUUCGGGCCCAUGCAGAAGAGUCGGCUGGGGGAGCACGAGUUUGAGGCCCUCAUGAGGAUGCUGGACAACCUGGGUUACAGAACAGGCUACACAUACCGCCACCCCUUUGUUCAAGAGAAAACCAAACACAAGAGUGAGGUGGAGAUUCCAGCGACAGUGACAGCCUUCGUGUUUGAGGAGGACGGCGCCCCGGUCCCUGCCCUGAGACAGCAUGCCCAGAAGCAGCAGAAGGAGAAGACCCGCUGGCUCAACACACCCAACACCUAUCUGCGGGUCAAUGUGGCCGAUGAAGUCCAGAGGAGCAUGGGUAGCCCCCGGCCCAAGACCACAUGGAUGAAGGCCGAUGAGGUAGAAAAAUCCAGCAGCGGCAUGCCAAUCCGGAUCGAAAACCCAAACCAAUUUGUGCCUCUCUACACUGACCCCCAAGAAGUGCUGGACAUGAGGAACAAGAUUCGAGAACAAAACCGACAAGAUGUGAAGUCGGCGGGGCCUCAGUCCCAGCUCCUGGCGAGUGUUAUCUCUGAGAAGAGCCGAAGCCCGUCUACAGACAGCCAGCUGAUGUCCAAGGGCGAUGCAGAUACCAAAGAUGACUCAGAAGAGACAGUGCCCAACCCCUUCAGCCAACUCACUGACCAGGAGCUGGAGGAGUACAAGAAAGAGGUGGAGCGGAAGAAGCUGGAACUUGAUGUAGAAAAAGAAACCGCCCCAGAAGAGCCUGGCUCACCUGUGAAGUCUGCACCUGCUUCUCCAGCGCAGAGUCCAGCCAAGGAGGCAGAAACGAAGAGCCCGGUGGUGUCCCCUUCCAAGUCUUCAGAGGAAGGUGCUAAGAAGACAGAGACAAGCAAAGCCACCACAGAGCCUGAAACAACCCAGCCAGAAGGGGUGGUGGUCAACGGGCGGGAGGAGGAGCAGUCUGCAGAGGAGGCUCUCAGCAAAGGCGUGAGCCAGAUGACCACCAACGCCGACACGGAUGUCGACACCUCCAAGGACAAGACCGAGUCGGUCACCAGUGGCCCUAUGUCCCCAGAGGGUUCACCUUCCAAGUCUCCCUCAAAGAAGAAGAAGAAAUUCCGCACCCCCUCCUUCCUGAAAAAGAGCAAAAAGAAGGAGAAAGUGGAGUCCUGAUUCCCGGCACCCCCCGGGCUCCCAUCUGCAUCCUCUCUCUCCUCCCCUCCCCUUCUCCCAUCUCUGUCCUGGAAGCACAGGGCCAAGGAGGGAGAGAAUAGGACCCUGGAUCCCACUCGGAGGGGGAAUUAGAGAUCACCCAGCCACCCCUUCCUUUUACAAUUGCCCCAGAGAAAUCGGGUGACUUGCCCAAGUUCACACAGCUAGUUAGCAGCAGAGCCUGCGCUGGAGUCCAGGCCCCCGUCUCCCAGUCCAGCGCUCUCCACUACACAACACUGCCUAGUUGUGGGCCGCCUUGACCAGGGCAUUGCCCACCAAUCUGAGCCCAGGAGGAAGGUCACUAAUGGGCUGUGAGCUCUCACAGGCUCAGACGAAAUCAGACUGGUGGAGGCUUCCCUGCCCCCUGAGGAAGGUCCAUUGUUCGCAGGAACCCGAUCUCCUGCUGAUGGAGCUAUCUCUGCUCUUAGGUCCCUGCCCUGCUGUUCAGAGUAACCAGAUGAAUUGACCUAUCCCUCCAACAGAAGUUAAUCUUUGUUCCCAAGGGCUGAUGGCUUAGCUUGUAUUUCCCCAAACACCAACCCUGAGCUUUCUUCAUGGAACCUCUAGAGUGAUGGGCGGAAGAGUUGUGAGAGUCGGCAGCCAUGAGGGCGAGCCAAGUAAGCCUGAGCCUCGGAGAUAGUUUAAUCAAUGUAAGAAGCCAGGAACUUGCCUCAUGUGAGUUGUGUGUCUCAGGCGCUUCAAAAUCGAAACCAAAUCCAGCAUGUCUCCUGCACAGGGCAGAAAUGGGAAAUGUAUUCAAUCCUCUGUUGGCUUUGGGUUGUACAAAGAGGGUCAUAACAGCCCAGGGAAUGCUAUGCCUUUGCAUGACACCCAGAGCCAUGUGGCUGCACCUGUCUCACUCCUGUCGAGCAGUCAGGGGUCCCUGACCUUCCCUCCAACCCAGGAGCACUGGCUCACACACGAGAACUGGCAUCUUAUUCUUGGCACCUUGACUCUGUCUCCUGUGGGGUUCCAACUCUGAGUCACUCUGGGUCUAGCUGAGGAGAGUCAGAGAUGAGCCUUUCAGCAUGAAUCCUCUUAGACCAACUCUCAGAGAAAUGCUUGGGUGUCCCCAACCCAGUCACUGUCCAUCCUGGGGCCUGGUAAUAGUCACAGCUAUCAUUUUAAAUGUCCAUGCUAUCUUUUCAUAUUUCGUGGGGGUAUUAAUUACUGAGCGUUCUUGCCACCUAACAAUUAGACAAUCUAAUCACUUUAAAGUACAGUGUCUUCAAAGGAUAUUUUUCCCUUUUGUCCUGAUUAUUGCAAGAAUAUUUUUGAAAGUUUUCUACGGUAGUUUUCCAUUUUUGAGCACUUACUAUCUAUAGACACUGUGCAAACUUCACAUAUAUCAUGUCCUUUAGCACUCACAGUGAUCCUGUGAGGUGGGGUAUGAUCAUUCCUGUUUUAUAAGUGAGGAAACUAAACCCACAAAACGAUAAUCAACUCGACCUGGGUGACUUGACUAGAAAGGCUCAGAGUCUGGAUUUGAACCCAGGUCAGUCUGAGUCCAGAGUCCUUGCUCUUAACAGUUAUGGUGAAAUGGACAACCUUAAGCUCCCAGCGUGGUUGUUGUAGUCCAGAACCCAUUUCUGAGACUGGUCUCCACCUGGAAGGAGAGAACUGCGCUCACCCUCAGUGGUGUGCGUUAAGUUACUGGCUAACCUGGACAGCUGGUGUGAACCACUGAGGAAGAAGAGACACGAGCCUUCUGGUUAGGGUGGGAAUGACCCUCCCUUGUUGGCUAUUUCUUGAGAAGGGAGGAAACUGAUGUAUGACCCAGCAAAACCCAUGCUGUGACUCUCUGCGGCGGGUUCCUGAUUGCCAUCCUGGGCCCCUCUCUCUGUUCUGCUUCCUCACUGGGUCGAAUCUUAUGAAGGACAACCCAGUGGUCAGGGUCAGGGAUGCCUCAGAAAAAUCUGUCAUGGAAAAUGCCUUUGAAAGCCAGUCUUGCACGGCCUUCACAUUGAAUUCACUCAUGUUUUCACAGUAUUUGUCAAGCAUCCUCUAAGUGUCAGGCGUUAUGCCGACUUGAAAAAGGAAGCAAUCCUUGUGACUAGAACAGUAAGUGGAGACAAUGUGGAGAGAAGCUGGGAGCGGCCGUGCCCUCCGUGCGGCGUUUGGUGAGUGAGUGGUUGUGGUUUGGAGGUGGUGUUGACGGCUGCUGCUUUCAGCACAUUCUCGUCAUUGCCUUCACAGCUGGAAGGUCUCCAUCAGGUGACAGCAUUGAAGCUUUGCUAGAGCAUUGUCCUUGGAAUUUAGGCCAUGGGUCCAUCCCGUGCUUAUCCGCUUGUUUAUUCUUCGUGCAUUCAAAACCAUGCACUGAGCUUGGGUCAUGGGCCAGGCAUGAGGGUAGGCCACGGUUCCUGCUGCCAAGCAGUUCAUGAGCUAGGCAGUGGGUAGACAAGUGACCAAGCAGGCCGGGGCGCAGAGGCGGUAGAAGGAAGCAACCAUCUUAUGCCACCUCUUAGGGGCCAGAGAAACCUUUCUGAAAGGAGCACUGGCUCAGUUAGGCUUUCAAAACAAAGAGGCAUUUUCCAGGAGAACAAAAGAGUUGGCAGGCUUUCCCGAUGAGAGAAGAAACGGUGCAAAGGCAUGGAAGCCUGAAACCCCAAGGCGUGUCCCACUGAGCAAGGUGGGAUUGCGGAGCAGGAAGUGGGAGGCAGCAGGUGGUUCACUUCACAGGUAGGCGGGACCGCUUUGUAGGGAGACUCGUGGAAAGGGGAGUGGAAUAGACUUGGUCACAUAAGGCAUGUGAAGCCACUAAGCGUUCUUGGGCAGGGGAGGGUCAUAAUAAGAUCUGUAUUUUAGAAAAAUCCCUUUGGUGGCUGAGUGGAGAAAGGACUGGCAAGGAAUGGGCUGGAGGCCUGGGUGAUAAGAGGAGGCCUUUCUGGAAGGUCAGUGCUCAAACCUGCCUGAUGGUCCAUCUUAAAUGAAACCUUCCUCUGGAGCAAAUAGUUUCCAGCACAGCUUUCAUGUUUAUAAAGGUCUUUGGACAAAGCAUUUAAGGGAGAUUUUCGACAAGAAGGGGGACAUGGUCAAAGAGUUAAUGCUUAUUCCCAGCUUCGGAUUCAGUUCUGUCUCAGUGUAGAACCAGGAGGCUGUCGGGCAAUCUGCCGCUCUGUGGACGUGGCGUGCUUAGCUCCAGGCUUGAGGAUGUGCCCGAAUGUCGCAGAAGCAGACGUGUGGUCCAAGCAGAGCGACGGGCUUUUAGGGUAAGAGGAAGGGCAUUUUCUUUGGUUCUGGACACGUGUUGGCUGAAAGCUUAGACUAGUAUCUAACCAGAGGAAACAUAUAUUUGAAUGCUCAAGGCUCAUAGCAGGUUCAUUUCUAGUUGAGCCACGGUGCUUCGAUUCGCCACAGAAAAGGUGUGAGAAAAUUUGAACCAAUCUUCUGCACCACGGCUGGCGGGGCUGGGAAGUGGAGAGGCUUUUUAGGCUGUUCCCAUGGGAUGCAGACAGGAGUAGGGGAGGGAAGGCAGAGGGAUCGAUGGCUGCAGAGAGACAAGCUUGAUUCCAACUCUGCACUGGUAGCUGGCACCCAGUAGCAUGUGAGAGAACCAUUGAACCACGUGGCCUUCCAGCAAAAAAGCGCUGCCUAGAGACACUCCCAGUCCAGGUCUGGGCUCUACACGAACUUCCUGGCCUGCAAGUGACUCAGGAAACUGUCUCGCCCUGGCCAGGUUAUGCACGCAAGGCUGACUCCCCGUCAGCACUCUCACCGGAGCGACGGUCUUCCUCAGUGGGCAGAUCAGCUCUUUCUGAAGGACUAGGUGAAGAGUAGUAGGUUCUCAUCCUAAGAACCCACUGAGAGGCGUCGCCAGGGCUGCGACUUUAUGCAGACUGAGCCUAAUCCCGCCCCCGUGUCACUCACCGUGAUUGACGAGAUGGGCAUCCGGAGGCUCUGUUGCUUGGUGCCGCCAUGCGGACGGAGGGCUACCUCUGCUCUCAGUAACGUGAGAGAAAGGCUGUGAUCCCCUUCUUGAGUUGCAGAGGAUUUGAGAGAACCAUUUGCCCAAUGGCACAAUUCACUUCCAAAAGUUUAAAAGGUCAAAAAAAGUUCGAACUGUUCCACGAAGGUAUGCAGAGAUAAACACGUAGUUUACUGUAGGCCUGUUUUCCAUGGUUUUUUCCUAAGUGCAACCCCUUUAUUAUUUAUUUAUUUAUUUGUUUAUUUAUUAGAGAUUUUUUGCUAUCGGUCACAUGUGCUCACUAGAGAGACAAAAAGUGAGAAAUCACUCCCCAGGGAGGAUGGCCACACUGC